AACACUCAGGCGCAUUUUAUCACAACCCACUUGACCCUUCUAGCUUGCGCUUCUCACUGUCUUCCUCUGAACUGAACCCGAAGCCAUCCAGUCACUUCCAUUCCAUAUCCACUUGACAGUCUCUGAACUGUCCACGACCAUCGGCAUAAUGGAGCCACACCUCCUUCACCCCACUAACCUGCGCUUUUCAACCUCAACCUCCUUAACCUCUGCCACAUAUUCGAUAACACUCUGCGGUGAACAUGCCCAUAAACGAAACCCAACAAUCCAUUGUCUUCAUUUAUCGAAACGGAGCUCCAACCCGUCUUUGAAGGCCAAAAAGGAGCUUUCUCGACUUCUGAGAACAGACGCUGCUGUUAGAAACAUUGAGAAGAAAGCAAAUUCCAACAAGUACAAUAACCUUUGGCCCAAGGCUGUUUUGGAGGCUCUGGAUGAAGCUAUUGCAAACAAUCUGUGGGAAAGUGCUCUUAAGAUUUUUGGACUACUACGUAAGCAACACUGGUAUGAGCCGAGAUGCCAAACAUACACUAAGCUGGUGAUGAUGCUUGGCAAGUGCAGGCAACCUGAGCAGGCCAGCUUGCUUUUCGAGCUCAUGUUAAGUGAUGGGCUAACACCUACUGUUGACGUCUACACUGCUCUUGUUAGUGUUUAUGGAAAAAGUGGCCUCCUUGACAAGGCGUUCUCUACUGUCGAUGAUAUGAAGUCAGUUUCUGACUGCAAACCAGAUGUAUAUACAUAUUCUAUUCUUAUUAAUUCCUGCACCAAAUUCAAUCGUCCUGAUCUGAUAGAAGAAGUUCUGGCUGAGAUGUCAUAUCUGGGGAUUGGAUGCAACACAGUCAUAUACAAUACUCUAAUUGAUGGCUAUGGUAAGGCUGAAAUGUUUGAAUUGAUGGAGGACUCGUUGACAGACAUGAUUGAAAGUGGCAGCUGCCUUCCUGAUGUUUUCACAUUAAAUUCUUUUCUUUGGGCUUAUGGGAAAUGUGGACAGAUAGAGAAGAUGGAGAAGUGGUAUGAUGAAUUUCAGCUGAUGGGAAUAAGGCCAGACCCUAAGACAUUUAAUAUCCUGAUUAAAUCAUAUGGGAAAGCAACAAUGUACGAAAAGAUGGGGUCUGUUAUGGAGUUUAUGAAGAAAAGGUUUUUCUCCCCAACUGUUGUUACUUAUAAUAUUGUAAUUGAGGUAUUUGGGAAAGCUGGAAAUGUUGAGAAGAUGGGCGAAUACUUCAGAAAAAUGAAGUAUCAAGGAAUGAAGCCUAACUCUAUCACCUAUUGUUCUCUUGUUAGUGCGUAUAGCAAAGCUGGGCAUAUGAGUAAAGUUGAUUCCAUUUUGAGGCAAGUAGAGAAUUCGGAUGUUAUACUGGAUACGCCUUUCUUCAACUGUAUUAUUAGUGCUUAUGGUCGGGCUGGUGAUGUAAGAAAGGUGAGCGAAUUGUUUUUGGCAAUGAAAGAAAAAAAAUGUUUGCCUGACCAUAUCACCUUUGCUACCAUGAUCCAAGCCUACAAUGCACGAGGCAUGACUGAGGCUGCUGAGGACUUACAGAAAAGGAUGAUUACCAACACGGAAAAUUCAGGCACAAGGUUGAUUGGAUGCUAGUAUGUUAAUUAUAUUGAAGAAUAAACCUUCAAAUAUAAACAAUUCAGACUUCAAAGAUGGUCAAAACUCGGACAAAUGAUGAUAGCUUUUGGCCAGCUAUUUUGUAGUUAAUUAACGAAUCAUCUCCUCCCAUUUUCGAUCCUCUUCAGUUGAUUUGGAAAGCACAAGUGUCAUAUAAGGCACAAGUUUUGGGAUAGAUUAUGCUCAUUGUAGAUUCAGUUUGCGACAUUAUCCUCAGGGGUAUAUCUCUAUAUUGGUGGGCCAUGUGCUGAAUGGGAGCUGAAAGUACAGACGAUUGCCCUAUUGCUCUAAAGCUUUGGCACAAACUGUUUUCGGAAGCAAAUGUGAUAUGUGUGACUCCCCAAUCUUGCAUAUUCUAUGAUAGUUGCU